UUGUUCUUUUUUUUUCCCCUUUGUUAGCUCAAAAAUUCAGUCUUUCUCAAAUCCGGGAGGACUCGGGACUCAUUACUCACGCAGGGACCGGUUUUAUCCGUUUUACCCUUUCUUUGUUUCCACUUUAUACACUUCCCCAUUACAAGGAACUUAAGUAGAAAGAAAUCUGUAGCUGAUUUCUGCAUUACUCGAUUGCACUCCUCCUCUGUUUGUUUUAGGACAAAGACUUGAAUUUUGCAUUGCGUGUAUUCGCUGUGCAGGCUACUCUGUGAGAAACCUCUUCUUAGAUUAGUUGUUGUCCACUAAAGCCCGGAGGACCAAAAAAAAAAUCGGUUUGGGCUUUGGCAGAUGACAUCUACUUCCCCAACUUCUUCUCCUACUAAUGCAGUCCCACCAGCUACUUCUCCUUCUAAUGCUUCCGGCAUUACUCCUCCCAAUGUGUCACAGCAGCCUAAUCCGACUCCUGAUGCUCCACCUCCUUCUACCCCUUCAACCUCUUCCAGUCCGCCUCCUCAAUCCCCUCCUCCCCAACCCCAAUCAUCACCACCACCAUUAUCAACACCGCCCCCUUCCCCUUCCUUACCUCCUCCGUCCCUCCCUCCCCUUCCGUCUGUGCCACCUCCUGCUACCCCCCCUCCAUCUGUAAACUUAUCACCCCCUCCUCCCCCACAAGCAUCACCUUCCCCUCCCUUUGGCACAGCACCUCCCUCUCCAGCUCUUUCACCCUCUCCUCCUCUGCCAAUUACAGUCCCAUCACCAUCUACCUCAGUUUCUCCACCUCCUCCCGCUAUAAAGUCACCCCUCACUAGCCCUCCCUCUCCUGCAUUACCUCUUCCACCACCACUUGCUUCUUCCCAGGCUCCAUCCUUGUUAAAUCCCCCUCCACUUUCAGUGGCGUCUCCUCCUCCCAUCACCACAUCUCUUAUUCCACCUUCUCCCCCUGCCCCCCGGAAUAAUACAUCCCAAGCUGAUGCUCCAACUAGCUCAGCCUUACCAGCAAUUCCCCCUCAGAAACCCACUGCGAGAUCUACUACACCUGGUCCAAAUAUUACUGCAGUCACAAUAUCCAGAAAUGGCGGGGGCAUGAAGGGCGGAGUUGUCAUGGCAAUUGGAUUUGUGGGCUUUCUGGCAAUUGGUCUUGUGGUGCUUGGUGUCUGGUUGGCACGAAAGCAAAAGAAAAAGGGGGCCCCAUUCAACAUUGGGUACACAAUGCCUUCUCCAUAUGCUUCCUCCCAAAAUUCAGAUUCAUCGUUUCUUAGGAAUCAGCAUUCAGUUCAUUCUCCUCUGCAUUCAGCUCACCUAGCUGGAAGUGCUUCCGGCAACAAUUUCGUGUACUCUCCAGAAGCUGGGGGUAUAGGCAACUCCAGGUCAUGGUUCCCCUAUGAAGAACUAGCUGCAGCAACAAAAGGGUUUUCUGAAAACAAUCUUUUGGGUGAAGGUGGGUUUGGUUGUGUUUAUAAAGGAGUUCUUGCGGAUGGUAGAGAAGUCGCUGUUAAACAGCUAAAAGCUGGAGGAGGGCAAGGAGAACGUGAGUUCAGAGCAGAGGUUGAAAUCAUCAGCCGGAUACACCACCGACAUUUAGUUUCACUUGUUGGUUACUGUAUCUCUGACUGCCAAAGAGUACUUGUAUAUGACUAUGUACCAAAUAACACGCUCCAUUAUCAUCUUCAUUAUGAAAGUAGACCAGUCAUGAAUUGGGCCACUCGGAUCAAGGUUGCUACUGGUGCUGCUCGUGGAAUCGCUUAUCUGCAUGAAGACUGUAAUCCCCGGAUUAUCCACCGUGAUAUUAAAUCAGCAAACAUCCUUCUUGAUGACAACUUUGAAGCACGGGUUGCUGAUUUUGGGCUUGCAAAAUUGGCAAUGGAAUUGGAUGCCUGCACACAUGUGUCAACACGUGUUAUGGGAACUUUUGGAUACAUGGCUCCAGAAUAUGCGACAACUGGAAAGUUGACUGAAAAGUCUGAUGUAUUCUCAUUUGGAGUUGUGCUGUUGGAGCUUAUUACUGGUCGUAAGCCUGUUGAUGCAUCUCAGCCUUUAGGAGAUGAAAGCCUGGUUGAAUGGGCUCGGCCCUUGCUCAGUCAAGCACUUGAGAGUGAUAAUUUUGAUGGGUUGGUAGACCCUAGACUUGGAAAUAACUUUGUUGAAAGCGAGGUGUUCCGGAUGAUCGAAGCAGCUGCAGCAUGUGUGCGUCAUUUAGCUUCAAAGAGGCCAAGGAUGAGUCAGGUGGUCAGAGCUUUGGAUUCCAUAAGCGAGAUUUCGGAUAUCACGAAUGGAAUGAAACCUGGUCAAAGCCAAAUAUAUGAUGCAAGAGAACAUUCUGCACAAAUUAGAAUGUUUCAGAGAAUGGCAUUUGGCAGUCAAGAAUACAGUUCAUCCGAUUUCCUGGGCUACUCCCAGAGCAGCUGUAGGAGCUGAGUGGGGAACUGGCUGCAUUGUAACUCGCUGACAGCCAUGUGAUACGAGUAGGGAAAGUAUAUGCUUCCAUUGCAAGGAAUAUACAAAGCAGGGGUCGUCCUUGAUCAUAAAUCUUGCGACAGAAGUUUUGGCAGAUCUUUAUCCGGAACCAACUUACUCAGAAGGCUAACUAUUCAUCCUAACCUCAUUCUUUCUGUGCUUCAUUCUCAAUUGUCCAAUCCAUUUUGUUUAACUAUUUCUGGAGAUAAUAUGGAGGGUUUUUUUUAUUUUUGUUUAUAAUCAUUUGCCCUGUGCAGUUACAAUUUGCCUUUGGAGAGCUAGCUGCUCAUUGUAAUACAUGUAAGAAAA